AUGAGCCCCCCAAUUGGAGAAAGUCCAUACGAAAUCUACGACCUUGACUCGGGGUUAAAGCUGCUGCGCGAGUAUAGCGGAAUUCCAGAUGAGGAUGUCAAGAGCCAUGUUAAAUCGAUUAAAGAAAAAGCUUUAAAAGUGCGACAUUACCCAUGUAUUAGACGGUACCGCUUCUUAGAUCUGAUCAUGAUGACUACAGAGGUAUAUCAAGAGGUUCUGGAGCGAGUGAGGAAUGGCGACAAAUUCAUGGAUCUGGGCUGUUGCUUUGGCCAAGAGAUCCGUAAACUUGUCCAUGACGGGGCACCUUCUGCCAACACAUAUGGAUCUGAUCUGUGGGGUGAAUAUCUCUCUAUGGGUUAUGAGCUAUUCAAGGAUAAAGAUCGACUUCAGACUACAUUCAUAGCGGCCGACAUCUUUGACGAUUCUUCGCCGCUUGCGAAGCUGUCCGGACAAAUGAACAUCAUUUAUGUGGGCGAUUUCUUCCACUUGUUCAAUCUUGAAGAACAAGAGGAAAUUGCCAAAAGAAUCAUUCAUUUGCUCGCUCCACAACCGGACUCUCUCAUCAUUGGAAGACAAUCAGGCGGUGAGGCCGCAAUGGAGUAUUCGCGGGUCGGCGAUGUGAGCGGGAGAAAGCAAUUCCAGCACAACCCUCAGAGCUGGAGGGAGCUGUGGGACCGUGUUGGAGAUGGAACCGGGAGCAAGUGGUCAGCAGAUGUAGAACUUUGCCAAGAGUUCAAGUUCAAACCUUCUGUGACCGAAAUUACAUCAAUCGAAGCCAAACGGCUUAUACACGCAAAGGGGUUGAGAUUUACCAUUAGGAGGCUCUGA